CACAGAGGAGAAAUGUCUCUCGUUUUCACCCUGUUUGAAACAAAUGCUGUGACACUGAUGGUUCAAGGUGACAACAUGAGUUGAUAAGAGGGUUUGCUGUCUUUUUAUGACCUUUGUAAAGUUAAAGUUAUUGAAAAGGUUAAAAGUGCUCUCCAUUGAUUUUACAUGUCAAAGUUAAACUACAAAUCAUGGGAGUACACCACCUGCGGAAACAGUUGUGUAAAGUCUUCUGUGGCUUUUGAGAAUAUUACUGUGACAUAACCCGAGUACCUAGGUUUGAAUUUUAAACAGUAAGCAGGCAUAGAGGAUGACAGAUAUGUGCGUUAAUCAGGCAGGGAUGGUCUAACAACAGCUAUCAUGUUUGGGAAGCAUAGGGUCUGGAGCUGUUUGGAGUUUGUGGCCAUGGCAUUUUGCAUUGUGCCUUCCCUUCAUAAUUUUAUUAAUUUUACCCAAUCACUUUAACAUCAUAGCAGCCAACUGUACAGCUAAGUGCAACUAUAAAGAUGCGCAUAGAACAUUUCCAACAAAGUGGGGGAGUAUAUUUUGUUCAACCCAAUGGGAAGGCUUGUGACCUGACGUGCCACACUUGUAUUUUAAGGCUUCUAAUGUCCAGCGCCACUUCACUUCAUGCUAAUGUGAAAAAAGUCUAGUUGUUCCAGAUAUUUACCAAGCGUCUUGAGCCUGCAUUAUAUCAGCUAGCACUAAAAUCUGUACAAUGAACAUGAAUUUCUAAAAAAGUUCCUCUGGAAUGCUAUCCUUUCUCAAGAAAAUGUGAAGAGAAAUGUAUAGACCUGUGUCCAGCACUGUUCACGUACCAUUGCACAUUGUACACUACUUUUGGAAAACAUAUGUACUCUGAUCCUAAGAAAAUAUAGUAUUCAGAAAUAUUGCACUGUAUCUACCCUUAAGACAAGGCAAGACACAACAAGUUCAAGACCAGCUGCCAAUGGCAAUAAUUGUAUAUUCUGUGUUUGAGGAUUGUGCAAUAUCCCGUAUCAUGCCUCAUACAUCCUUGAGACAGACUCACCCUGGAUCUACUGGGGACGUUGCAGAUUUUGCCUGACCUGGUAUAAAUAGUAUUCCUCUUUGGCAACAAACUGAAGCUCUUCAGGACAAACUUUCAAAUGAGAGAUCUGGAGCAUUUUUUUGGACAAGCAGCUGACGUGCUAAAAGUGAGUGCAGCGUGGCAGACAACACUGCUUUAAAAUCAGAUUCCACAGUCAACAGGUGAAUCCACUGAGUCAAACUAAAUACAAGGUAUGAAAACAUAAUUUGCUGUCAUUCCAUCAUACUAUUAUGUGAUGUCUGUAUGUCUGUCUGCAUGCGAUGUGGUUUUCGUGCGGGCUCUUGCCAGGCGUUCAUAGCGAAAACAGACCCGUGUUGUAAAAAUAUGCAAGGGUCUGCUUUGGUAGGCUCACAUUGCUUCAAGUGUCAUUGAGACCAGCGAGUUUAACUGAUAGAUCCAUGAGUUUGAAGGCUUAUUAGACAUUUCACAGGAAUUGUUUUGCACAGUUAGACAGAAUUACUGCGUCACUACUUGCGGCGCUCUGGUAAUAAGAAGUAACUGACUAUCAGAUCCACCAUCUUUCGCUCUAGUUAGCUGAAUGCUGAUUCUUCUCUUUUACUUCAUGUUAUUGGGCAAGAGUUGAUUAAUUGUGCAAUCUACAAAAAUAUUCAUUGUUUUAAUUCUGUUUGCAGACCUACAUCCAAAUGUCAUCAUUAUUUUAAUUCUGUUUGCAGACCUACAUCCAAAUGUCAUUUCUCAAGACAUUUCUGUGCCAGUUGUGUUAAGAAAGGCUUCCAAGCACAAAAUAUGUGUUUUCAUUUCAACCACCCAAAUGUCUUCAUUUCAUAAACCACAAUUGUUUUGGUCAACCAAAUCAACUUUAGAGUUUGCACAACAUUUGAGGCUAGAUGAAAGUGUCUGUAGUUUUAUAAACCCCUCCUUAGUCCAUGUGGUUAUAUAACUCCGGUUUCUUUACUAUUGGAUAGCCAGAUCUGUAAACAGUUGACAUUUGCAUGUAUACACACAGACACACACAGUGCUAUAGUAUUUCCAUUGCCACUCAAUUUGCAGUCCUGAAUAAACAAAGGCACCACAGGCCAGCUUCUAAAGAAGGCCUUUAUUCGGAGCCAAUAUGCAGGUAUGAAGUUUACAGAUUAGGCAGGACUCUCUGUUAUCUCAAGGACUUUUUACAACUCAGUGUUUUGGACUGUCAGCUGUUUUCCCUGAAGAUCAAUCAUUAACUCUGGGCUGAAUAUAACGGAUAUAAGGCAGGGCAUAAAUAGCAAUCAGUGUCCCCUGUCUGUCUUUUUCUUCUCUGGUGGAGACAUGGGGAAAGGCGUCUACAUCAGCAAACCAGUAGCAGUCACCUGUGUGGUUGCAGCCAUCGGUGUUGUGGCCACCAUCAUAGCUCUGUCUGUGGUUUACGCACAGGAGAAGUCAAAGAAUGAAGAGACACUUCUAUCCACUGUCAGCCCCAGCACCAGCACCAGCACCACGCCCUCCACCCCGAAAGAGCCAUGGCAGCGCUACAGACUUCCGGACUCCCUCGCCCCUGUCUCCUACAAUGUGACAUUGUGGCCCCGGCUGGAGCCCAACGUAGAUGGCCUGUAUAUCUUCACUGGACACUCCACGGUGGUCUUCAGAUGUUUGCGGGAGACCGACCUCAUCAUCAUCCACUCCAACAAGCUGAACCUCACCACAAUCGAGGGAUUCCAUGCCAAGCUGACGGGCCUCAAUGGAGCCGCUGCGCCUGGCAUGAAAAAAACCUGGCUGGAGGUCCCCACCCAGUACCUGGUGGUCCAGCUCAACAGCCCGCUACAGGCCGGCAGCAUGUAUGAGCUCUUCACCAAGUUUGUUGGAGAACUGUCCGACGACCUGGGAGGAUUCUACAGGAGUGAAUACUUCGAAGAUGGGGUGAAAAAAGUGGUGGCUACGACUCAAAUGCAGCCAACGGAUGCCAGGAAAGCCUUUCCAUGCUUUGAUGAGCCCGCCAUGAAAGCUAUCUUCCACAUAACUCUCAUGCACCCCCAUGAGACUGUGGCUCUGUCCAACGCCAUGAAUUACGAGCCUAUUAACAUCACUAUGGAUGGCCAGAGUUUAAUCCAGACAAAAUUUGAACCCACAGAGAUUAUGUCAACCUACUUGCUGGCUUUUGUUGUGUGUGAUUUUACAUUCAUUGGGACGAAACCUGGUGCAGACGUUUUGAUCAGGAUCUGGGCUCGCAAGAAGGCUAUAGAGGAAGGCCAAGGAAACUAUGCCCUGGAGAAGACUGGACCCAUACUGGCAUUCUUUGAGAAAUACUACAAAUCCCCUUACCCCCUGAGCAAGUCAGACCAAAUCGCUCUUCCUGACUUCAGUGCUGGAGCCAUGGAAAACUGGGGCCUGAUCACCUACAGAGAAACUGCCCUCUUAUAUAAUCCUGGCGUAUCAUCCAAUGGAGACAAUGAGUGGGUGGCAACAGUCAUCUCACAUGAGCUCGCGCAUAUGUGGUUUGGGAACUUGGUGACCACGAGGUGGUGGAAUGACUUGUGGCUCAAUGAGGGGUUUGCCACCUACGUCUCUUAUCUGGGAGCCAACUAUGCUGAACCAACGUGGAACAUGAAAGAUUUAAUAGUUCUGAAUGAGAUCAUUGGUGUAAUGGCUGUGGAUGCCUUGGCCUCCUCCCAUCCCCUCUCAACCAAUGAGGAGGACAUCCUGAAGCCAGAGCACAUCAGUCAGCUGUUUGACUCCAUCACAUACAGCAAGGGAGCCGCAGUCCUCAGGAUGCUCUCAGAGUUUAUCACUGAGACUGUCUUUUCCCAAGGACUCCAUACAUACUUGGAGGAGUUCAAGUAUAAGAACACAGUCUACACAGAUCUCUGGAAGCACCUGCAAAUGGCAGUGGAUAAAGCCGGCAUAAAGCUGCCACACUCUGUGGAGGUUAUCAUGAACCGCUGGAUCCUACAGAUGGGUUUCCCAGUGGUCACCAUCAACACCCAGACUGGAAAAAUCACCCAGAAACACUUCUUAUUGGACCCAGACUCUAAAGUGUACAUACCUUCAGAGUUCAAUUAUGAGUGGUUUGUCCCUAUUACGUGGAUUAAGACUGGUGGAGCUGAGCAGCAGUACUGGCUUCUUAACAAAGAAGCCACAAACACAAACUUGACUCUUGGUCCUAAUGAGUGGUUGGUAGCCAACAUAAAUAUGAAGGGCUUCUACAGAGUUAACUAUGACUCUGAAAACUGGGAGCGUCUCCUCACCAAGCUGAGCUCCAGACAUCAGGAUAUUCCAGUGAUCAACCGAGCUCAAAUUAUCGAUGAUGCUUUCAACCUUGCAAGGGCAAGGAUCGUGUCCACCACUCUGGCUCUGAGGACUACCAAGUUCCUUGAGAAAGAAGUCGAAUACAUGCCCUGGCAGACAGCCAGACGAAACUUGGACUACUUUUUCCUCAUGUUUGACCGCAGUGAAGUUUAUGGACCCAUGCAGGCUUACAUAAAGAAACAGGUCACUCCUCUGUUUAAAUACUUCAAAGAGCUCACUCUCAACUGGACAAAGAUCCCGGAAAACCACAACGACCAGUACAACCAGGUGAAUGCAAUCUCCUUGGCCUGCAGCACCGACGUGGAAGGCUGUAAGCAGCUGACCACUGGCUGGUUCAGAGAGUGGAUGAAAAACCCAAACAACAACAUAAUUAGUCCCAACUUGAAGUCCACAGUCUACUGUAGUGCAAUUGCAGCAGGAGGUAUAGCGGAGUGGGACUUUGCUUGGUCCAUGUACAAGAAUGCCACCAUUGCUUCGGAAGCUGAAAAACUCAUGCAUGCUCUGUCCUGCACCAAACAGCCAUGGCUGCUGAACAGGUAUCUUCAAUAUUGUCUGGACCCAGAGAAGAUCCGUAAGCAGGAUGCCACCUUCACCAUUGUUUACAUUGCUAGUAACCCCAUCGGUCAGCCUCUGGCAUGGGACUUUGUCAGAGCCAACUGGGCCCAUUUAUUCAAUGACUAUGGUGGCGGAUCAUUUAACUUCGGAAGACUAAUUGAUGGAGUGACCAAGCGAUUCUCCACUGAGUUUGAGUACAAGCAGCUGCUGCAGUUCAAAGAAGACAAUGCAGGGCAGUUAGGCUCGGCCACCUCGUCUUUUGAUCAGGUACUGGAGAGAACUAAGGCCAACAUGAACUGGGUGGCCUUGAACAAGCAACAGGUGCAUGAAUGGUUCACCAGUGAAGCAUCUUCUCUUGUUUAACACUCUCCCCUACUAAUUUUUCAAAUGUAUUGUUCUACUGACUUUUGCUCCAGCUGGAACCAAAUGUAGAAAUUUUUUGAAUUGAUGGAACUUUUAAAAAAUGUAUUGUUUUGAUUAAGCCUUUUUAUGAAUAAAUUUGAUACCAAAAUCUG